UGGGAUAGUACCUUGGUGACCUGGCGGAGGAUCUCCUGUGCCGGCAGUCGUCAUGGAUGACUAUCCCAUCCAGGGCCUGUUGGCCCUUUCUGUCUUGUUGGUGCCGCUGUUCCGGCUUAUGUUUCCACUGGGGUUCGGGCGUGUGUGCACGUCCCGCAUGCUGAUGCGGUCUGGAACAGUGAAGCCUGGCCCUACACCUGCGGAACAGGCUGAAAUAGACCGCAGGCUGACAGAGAAGAAGAAGAAGAAAGAAGCAAAGAAAAAACAGAAAGAAGAAGAAGCCAGAAAGAAGAUGAAAGAGAAAAUGGAGAAAGAGUUAGAAGAAGAACUGAAGAGUAUAGAAGAAGAAGAAGAAGAAUUAGAAGAGGAAGAUGAACAUACAUUAUUGUUAGCUUCCAGACGGCAAGAACUAGAGGAAAGGAAAAGAUUGCAGGCUGAAGGGGAGAAAUUGCAGAAAGCUCUAGAAGCGCAAAAGGAAAAUCCCUCUGAAAUCGAAGCACAACUUGCUCUCCUCAAGGAAACCGUCCUCAACACAAGGCAAAAUAUGAAGUUAAUGCAUCAGACUCUCCAAAGGGUUGAAGCGCAUCGAGUUGAAUUCGAAAACGUUUGGAAUAGCUUUGUGGAAAAGUCAGCCAAGGAUGUUGACCAACAUGUGCAAACUUACAUCCAGGCUUUGGACGAACAUAUUAAUAAAGUCUUCACCCCGGAAGUCGUAGAGAAGAUUGUAAAGGGAGUUGGAGGCGACAACGGAGAUGGGGAUGGCGAUGACGAUGAUGAUAAGAAAGGGAAGAAGAAGAUUGGGGAUACAAAGGACAAACUUCCUCAGGAAACCGGGCAAGUUAACAAGAUAAAGCUUAAGCUGUCGUGGACCUACAAUGGAAAGAAAGAUGAAAGUGUGUUGCACUGGGCGGCGGCGAUUGAAACUUACGUGUACGGGCAGUGCAUUCCUUAUUGGGACAAGGUAUUGAUGGCAACUUCCUGCAUGGGAGGCGAUGCCAUGAGCUUCGCCAUCUCGAUGCAAAAGGAGGCGGGAUGCAGCUCUAUGGUAGAGUAUUCGCAGCAAACGCGAAUCGAAGAUUUUCUUAAGUUAAUAAGAGAAAGAUUUGAGGACAAAAACUUGGCAAGACGUACGGAAAUGUUGAUCCUCAACCUUCCUGACAGGAAAUGGAAGAGUACCUUUGCGCUAAAGGCAACUAUGGAUUAACUAUUGCUAUGCCCUGAUCACGGAUUGACGCCGACCCAAAUCUUAAACAGUUUUUCACGACCACUCCCGGAUCCCCUAAGAACA